AUGGACGAUGUUAUCCAUGUUGAUGAAGAUGGACUCCAUGGUGUAUCGGCCAGCCUGGAGCCUACUUGCGUUGCGCCUGGACCUUCAAAGACCUGGGAAUUGCCUUGUGAAAGUGCCCCCAGUGGUUUUGAGCUUGACAGUCAACCCUUUCAAGUUGUUUCUGAAUUUGAUUUCAAUUUUCCUUUGCCUUCGGAGCACAGCGGUGAACUUGAGAACACUAUACCAGUUUCAAUGUGCCCGAGUCCCAGCACGCCAAGACAAGUUGUUGAACCUGUGCACGUUUCAGAUUCCAAUUCUUUGCAUUCUGUUGUGAGUGAUUCUCAGUGGCAACUUGGUGUGGUGGCAAAUCACAGUCAGUUUGCACAGCAUCCGAUGUCACUUCUUUUGCCUUGGGAAACUGGGAUUUACGCCGAAAUUUUUGGCACUGGUUCUACCUUGCAACUGCCUUCAAGUCAUUUGCCUGAGCCGGACAGUGAACUCAUGAACAAGGUCAUCACGGCAUCAGAGGCCUUAGUUGACGAACCUGUGCUACCGACUGAUGCAUGUUUUCACAAAGCAGUGCGAAACAUUCAGGAUCUUGAUUAUUUCCAAAGCAAAAACAGACAGCUUGAACUUGCCUGCGGUCAAUGGUUGGAACUCCUCUCAUGCAGUUGGUUUGCAUCUGGAGUUGGUGAGAUGUUAGCAAGAGAUAUGCAGAAGGAUUCAAGCGGCAAGCUGGCAAAUGAGACGCUGCAGGCUUCGUUUGGCACCAAGAGCCCACAGACACUGUUGAAGAGAGCAGCAAGUCUGCGUAGGUAUUUCAAGUGGCAUGCAUGUGAGCGUUCAGAUGCUGGUGAGAUUCAUUUGAGUCCUCUCCCGCUGUCCGAGCCUGAUGUCUGGGAGUUUUUCAACUGGCUUAAAGCAUGCAGGCUGAGCUCUGGAAGGGGAUUCACAAGUCAAGCUGCCUUUUUGGAGACAGUGCGUUUUGCAAAAUUUUGUUUGGAUCUACGUGAGACUGAUUGCAUCCUUCAAUCCAGAAGGCUGCUGGGCUUUGCUGCAAUUCAAAGGUUGCAGAAGGGCCCCACGAAGCAGGCUCCACCUCUUGAGCUAGCUCAUUUGCAGAGGCUUCAUGAAAUACUGGAAACUGCAACAUGUGACACUGACCGUUUGGGAGCAGCAGUGAUGUUGAUUUGCGUUUAUGGUAGGGCAAGGUGGUCAGACUUGCGCUACAUCCACCAUGUGACAAUCGAAGAAGGCCGCAAGGGGUUUUUGACGUUGUAUACAACUGAGCACAAGACAUCAGCGGUUGGGGCGAGGCGUGAACAAUACCUGCCGCUGGUCAUUCCAUGGAUGGGUGUGACGCACAAUGAAUGGGUACGCACUUUCCUGGAUGUGCAUGCCCAAGUUGGAUUGGAUAUCAACAGGGUGCCAUUGGGACCUUUGAUGCCAGCUCCCAAGCAAGGAGGCGGUUUUGGGGCUCGACCCCUCAGCACCCCAGAAGCCGCUGAGUGGUUGAGGCUUCUUUUGAAAGGGACGGCAGAGCAUGAAACCUUUCGUGCACACUCUCUCAAGACGACCUUGCUGGUGUGGUCAGCGAAGGCGGGGCUUGACAAGGAGGUGAGGGCUGUGCUGGGGCAUCAUGCCUCAGCCUUGCAGGGUUCGGAGGUGGUUUACAGCCGGCACCUCCAGACCCGGGCCUUGAGGAAGCUCAACAUGUUGCUGCACCGGGUCAGGAUUGGACUGGGAUUGGAAGAAGAUCCCAUGGUGCCCAAUCCCUAUGCAACACCUGCAAUGAGGACUCCCGCUCCAGCCACUGUCAUGGCGCCGAUGCCAGCGACACCUUUCCCUCCAUUGCCUCCUCCUGACCUGACAGCUGGACCUGUGGCAGCAGCCAUUGAUGCCAUGCAUGUCGCUGAAGACUUGGAGAGUGUCAAGGAGGAGCUUAUGGAUGAGGCACAGAUUGCUGCAGAGGCGGAACGGAUGGGCCUGCAGUUGCAAAGCCAGAUGCUGAUGCGUUUGUUGAACAUGUAUUUCAACUGCGUUUCGUUUACUGAGAAGCAGGGACAUCAAAAUGCCUUGGGAGAAAGACGCAUUGCAAAGUGUCGAAUCCAUGUGGCUGAAGAUGAGCUCAGAACCAAAGCGCUGAACCAGUUUAAAGUUCUGAUUUCACUAGACUUGGAUGCAACUCAGCUGGGACAGUCGAUAACUAAUGUGCUUGGAACCAUUGACCCUUCAGUCAACCCUCUGCAAGUACUUCAGGAUGCCAUGUCAAACAAGGCAACCGGGGCCCUUUUAAAGAGGGCUUCUUCGAUGUGGAGAUUUGCAUGUUGGCUAGAAGCUGGUCAGAUGGGAACAUGUUUUAAUCAGACUGAACAAGUGCUUUAUGAUUACAUGAACUACUUGCGCGAUACAGGUUCGGCCGCAACCUCAGCUUCUCAUUUUGUGGAGUCAUUGCGGUUCUGCAAUCAGAUGUUCAAGCUUCAGAAGAUGGACACUGCAUCAGUGCUUUCACCUCGAGUGACGGGAGCAUCUCAUAGCAUGUUUCUGAAGAAGCGGAAGUUGACACAGGCUCCAGCCUUACCGGUCAAAGCAGUGCAAACCUUUGAACAGAUCUGCAUUUACUCCGCGGACAUGCACAAGCGUGUGAUUGCUGGGGCACUGUUGUUUUGCAUAUUUGCUUGCGUCAGAUGGUUUGAUGCAAUGAGGAUUGAAAAGCUCUCUGCAGAUACACAUGGCAACAUAGUUAUUUUGGAAGCUGCAACAGCUUUGCACAAGACGUCCAUGAGCAAGGAAUCCAAGACGCGUCUGCUGCCUUACACUGCAAUUGGGACUUUUCUGGACGAACAAUCUUGGGGACUGGCAUUCAUUGAUGCGCGUGGUGCAAGUGGGUUGAACGAUCAGUCAGUUUUUCUACCUUCUUGGAAUGAAGUUGGUUCAAAUUGGUCCAAUCACCCGAUGUCGUCAGGUGAAUGCACUUGUUGGAUCAGGGAGUUCUUGGAGGACACCUUCAAAGGAGGCUCUGCAGAGUAUUCAAGUCAUGGCUGCAAGGCCACUCUUUUGACUUGGGCCGGCAUGACAACUUUGUUCAGCAGAGAAGAGCGUACACUUUUAGGACAUCAUAUUGAACCUCAGACUAGAUCAAAUGUGACCUACAGCAGGGAUUCACAGAUUCUUUUGCAGUACAAGGUCAGCAAGCUUAUUCAGAUGAUUGACACGGGGAGACUGCAACCCGAUGUGAGUCGAGCUCAAAGGUUGAGCACGAUGCUUCAAGAUGAUGCCAACGCUCAGGCAGACUUGAUUGAACAACAGGAUGACCAACCGGUCGAACUGGCUAGGAGUGACGACAGUGACGACCACUAUGCCGACGAGGACGCGGCAUCAGAGAUUGGCAUAGGCAGUGAUGACAUCACCCGCAUGGAAGAUGGAGGCAUUGCAAGUUUUUCGCAGUUCGCCUUUUGCUGCUCUUACCAACCUGGUGGGUCAAGUGAGGAGGCAUUAUUUGAUCAUUUGGAGAGUGUUUUGGGAACCAAACCCACCGGUGCUUCUGCAGCAAACUUUCGAAGAUUGUUUUUCGAAUGCCAUGCAAUGGCGCUGAAUGAUUUGCAAAGCCGAUUAGAAAGGAGCGACACUUCAGAGGUCAAGAUCCUGCCCCUUGCGGAGAAGGUGCAGCGCUUACAGCUCCUGAAAAAGAAGUUUCCAGGUGUGAUGCUCAGCACAACUCUUGAGCCCUCACAUAGCCUCAUCGACAAGGUUGUGCAUCAGUACGAGGAGAACUGUGUCAAGCUGGUUGAGCUUACAGCUUGCACUUCACGUGAACAGGAAAUCCGAUGUGACAAGAGCACUCCACAGAUCACAUUCGAUCACUCUGGAAACAUCAAGGUGACCAAGCAGAGCCAAGUCACUGAGUGUUCCAUUCAAGGGGACAUCCGUUUGAGAUCGGCUUUCACUCGACGUUCUCUAGCCUACGAGCUGGCUAAUGUGGCAUCUUUUGAGGUUAUGGAAGGGUGGUCACAGCUACUUUUUGACAGAGUUUGCCAAGACCCUCCUGCUGGUUACAAACACAUAUCAGUAGAGCAAAUCAUGGUGGCAGACCGCAAGUUGUGGGUAAAGGUCUCAGAAGAGACUAGAUCCAAUGUGACUGCAAUGACCAAUGGACGGAAGAACGUUGACCUGGCGAUUGAGAAGUUUUCACAUCACCCUGAUGUUCAAUUCCAUAUGCUGCCGUUGCCAGUCGGUCAGAGCUCCACUGCAGCUGGCAGCAACCAGAGGUUCCAACCAUACCCAGCGCCAAAAGGAUCACAGCCCAGCAAGGGCAAAGGUGGCUCGAAGUCUGACAGCAAAGGGGCGCCUGGGAAAGGAAAGAUUCAGAUUCCAGAUGGAUGCACCAUCAAAUAUGGGGAAGGAAACAACAAGCCGAUCUGUAUGAAGUACAAUCUAGGCGAAUACGACCGCUUGCAGUUCAUUUGUGACUGCCCUGUGGAACAUGCAGCCGCGCAAGGGAAUAAAAUGAAGGUUGAGCAGGCCAACAAGUUGUAUGAGUUCGGAGUGCAAGUGCUGCUUUUGUGUUUCGAGCUUGGAAUCCUUGACAACAUUUGGAGUUUGCAACAGCGCUUGAAGCCGAAUACCCACGAUUGCUGUGCCAACGCAUGGCCCAAUGCCUUGUCCAUGCAGCCGAAGAUGCACAAGUCAAGCUUGAAGCACAAAUCACGUCGGCUCAACAUGCCCGACAUGCUUGGGGAACUCAAACGUCUCGUUCCAAGUGGACAACAAACCGAGAUGCAGCAAGAGGUCGACCAGCCAGAUCGGCCAGAUGCCAACCCAAAAAGAGCGCGAAAAAUGUUCAAGUAUGGAGUACAAUGGGACCCAGCCGAGUUCCUUGAGCAGGCCAAGCAGCUAAAGCAUCCCAAAGACCCACAGCUUGCGCUCCCUUUGGUCUUAAAAGAGGCGAUGAUCCAUGUGUUGUCUAACGAUCCUUUGGAUGUUGCAAAACAUCGUCUGCAAGUUGUGUUGGCGGUUCACCGACAAGCCCAUGAGUGCAAAGAGCGCGAACGAGCCUUUAAAGAAACCAUGGGACCAAUGGUGAGCUCAGUCCUUGAAACUAAGAACCUGUCUUUGUGGAAACAGCUAUUGGAGACCACCCAGUUUUCUGACAUGGAGGUUGUGAAUCUGGUAGCUGGCGGAAUCCCGCUUUCUGGUUCUCACUCGAAACCACCCAACUUUCCAGACGAUUGGAAACCAGCCACAGUGUCUGCGGAGGAGCUCUUAAGCUCCGCUGUCUGGAGAAGGAAGGCGCUCAUGGGAGCGUCCUCAAAGACCGAGUUUGAUGGAGCGCAACAGGAUGAUCUUCAUGCUGCCACUAUGAAAGAGGUGGACCUAGGUCAUCUGUUUGGACCGUACUCAGAGGCUGAAAUGACGGAGUUCUUUGGGACGGACAGAUGGCUUUACAACCCUCGGUUCAUCCUCUAUCAGGGGGAAGAAAGGAAAGUCAGAGCGAUUGAUGACUGCAAGCGUUCUGGGUUAAAUGAAUCCUUUACAACAGUUUUCAAACUGGAGCUGUACGAUGUGGACACACUGGCAUGUCUGCUGGCGGCACUUUCGGAUUCUUUGGCUAAAGGCGUUGUAAAGAUGGACAUGGAUGAUGAGUCAAUGUGCCAAGUUGCGGUCCACCCGAAGGUCAUGAAUGACAACUGGUUGGGCCGUACGCUUGACUUAUCCCGAGCAUACAAACAGCUUGCCAUAUCUCCUGAAUCUCGAUCGUCCAAUGUCAUUGGAUACUGGUACAAGGAUAGGUGGCUCUUUUUCAGAAGCAAUGUAUUGCCGUUUGGGGCCACAGCAGCAGUUUACAGCUUCAAUAGGGUGUCAAGAUCCCUUCACCACCUUCUAUGCAAGCUUCUCUGGUGCCCCUGUACUUGUUUCUACGAUGAUUUUCCUACAGUGAGCCCAAGCUCGUCUGCUUCGGUGCUUACGAAGGCGCUCACCGCAAUCUUGAAUCUUUUGGGAUGGGACCAUGCUCAGGUAGGCGCCAAAGCACUGGACUUCGCAGCGGACUUCAAUGCUUUGGGGAUCUCAGUGCAGCUCCAACAGCUGCACCGUGGAAGCUUUGUGUUGGCGAACAAAGAAGGCCGCAUUGAACGGAUAUGUCGAAUGUUGGAGCAAGUGGAACAUGAUGGAACAAUCUCCAAGUCUCGAGCGGCAGAAGUACAAGGUCAUCUUAACUUUGCUGGAGGUUUUUACACCUCCAAAGCCCUGAAGUUUUUGGUGUCUUCUUUCAGCCGCCUGGCUGACUUGCCAAAGUCUAUGAGCAGCCAAGACUUGACUCUUUUGUGUCGCCUAGCCCGAUCGAUGCUGGGUGCCAUGCCUCCCAGGAGGUACGAUGCGCAUUCGUUCACUGACCCUUACCUUAUUUUCACAGAUGGUGCUUGGGAAUCCGAGCGAGCUUCAGCAGGUGCAGUGGUUUACAACCCUUGUACGUCAGAGACACGAGUCUUUGAGGUGCUCGUUCCGGAUGCACUUGUGGAACUUUGGAUGAAAGAUGUUGGCGAUCAGAUAAUAUGCCAAAUCGAGAUGUUUGCGUAUGUCACUGUGAGGUACAAACUUCACACUCAACUGCUGAACAAGGUGGGAAUUUCGUGGAUCGACAAUGACGCAGCACGUUUUGCAAUCCUGAAGGGAACCUCUGACUCCUUCAGUUUAAGGGCAAUGUGCCGUGUUAACCAACAGAUCGAACUCGAGUCUCCAAGCUCGAUUUGGUAUGAACGAGUCUCUUCAUACUCCAAUCCUUCAGAUGGCCCCUCGCGAAAGUUGGUCGCUCAGACCGCUGCACUUCUUGGAGCCAUACCAGAUGACGCGUGGGCUCACACUUACCUUGUGGCUUCAUUGAGGCAGCAGGUGGAUCAAUCUGAGGACAGUCAGCCGCGCCGUGUGGCAUUUGCUGAGCGCACGCAGCGCAUGGAGGCCCUACGUUUGGAGCUGAGAGGAAUUGAAAUCAGUGGGGAACUUGAGCCUGCACAUUCCCUACUUGAUAAGACUUGCAAGAUGUUUGAAGAUAACUCCAUCAAGUGGCUGGAACCUUCAACUUGCAUUUCACGUAGCAUGGAGGUACAGGGAACAAGCAAGUCACGAGAGCUCACAUUAGAGAAAGGUGCCCUGAUUUUGAAGCAGGACGAAAAGGCAACGUGCCCAACAGAUUCAGAGAUCAAGUUGCACUACGCUUUUACACGUAGGGCUUUGGCGUUGGCAUUUGCUCGGGUGAUGACAUACCAGCAACAUUGUGCAUGGGAAACUUUCUUGUUUGAGUCCCUGCAUCGUGAGGUUCCCCCUGGCUAUGCUAAGGCAAACCUUAGCCAGGUCGUCAGUUGUGACAAAGCUGCUUGGGCCCGGUUGGCAACACUCAAUGUGCCAGUGAGGGAGGACGCCAAUGGGAGAUUUCCAUUGGGUGAAGCCUUGUUGCAGUUGAGGCUUGACCCUGCAAUAGCAUUGUACCUGGCACCGUUGGCCAAACCAGUGCAGUCUCAUGUGGCUCAUGGAGGCAAUCGUGCAACUCCUUACAACAGCCCGGCUCCUAAGUCAGGCACUGGCAAAGGCAAGGGCAAGACAGCUGGGAAAGGAAAGGCUCCUCCAAUGCCUGCUGAACUACGAGGAAAAUACCACAAGACGGCAGCAAAUGAGCCUAUUUGCUUUGCGUACAAUUCAGCAGCAGGUUGCAGCCAUAGCAAUACAGUCAAAGCUGGUGAACGUUGCCCUAAGGGAAUGCACGUUUGCGCUGAACCCAGAUGCCAACAACCUCACUCCUUACAACAACACAAGUGA